CCGCUAGUCUGGGUCUGGGCGCCGCUGCCAAAGAGGCUACCACCGGAGGAUGUCGCGGUUCCGAAACCACCAGUGCGGUUUUGGGAUCCAAAAAGCGAGUUUCCUUGGUUUUGAGUGGUUGUUCCGAAUCCUAGGCGAGAAAAAGAGAGAGAGAGAGAGAGAGAAACCGUCAGUACCAUAAUGGAUGGUUGGUUGAUCAAGGGUUGAAAAAAAAAAAAAACCCCCCCGAGCCCAGGAGAAAACAAGAAGAAGCAAGUAGAAGAAGAAAGCAAAACAAGGCCAUCCCAAGGUGCGGAUCCUGAUAGUUGGUGGCUACUCUAAUUGGAAUUCCUCGAUGGUCUCCAGGCAAGAGCAAUUCGAUCAAGGGCCAGCUAUGGCCAGCUUACGAAGCACCACCAUUCGCACCCGCAAAGCAACUCAGGAAGCGCGAAGCAGGUGGCAACAGCAGAGAAAGGAUCGCGCAGGUCCUCAAGAGAGACCCAUCAAGCACGUACCUCCACCGGAACCAAAGCUACUGGAGGUAUUCCCGAACAGGCCACCCCCAGAGGUGUUGCCGCCUCCAAAAGGAGUCGAGGUUGAUCCAAAGCCUAGAUGAUGGGGGCAGAGGCUGUCAGAGACUGUCAUCAAGGAGCAAUCCUUUCCCUUGCUGCGCGGCUGCAUGUUAUCUGGCGUCGAGGGCCUCCGGGGGCUGCUUGAUGAUCGGAAACUGGAGAGGAGCCAUGGCGGGUCGUGGACGUCUCAAGCGCCAGCAAGUGAUGAACGAUAAAAAAAAGAAAAAAAAGAAAAGAAAUACAAGCCCAAAAGCAGAGAAAAGAAAAGAAAAGAAAAAGAAAAAAAAAAAAAAACCAAACCUCAAGAGUUGACAGCAAGGGUAAACUGAUCGAACCUACCUCCACUAGAACUGGUGGCACCGAACCCAGAGCCAGCCCCAAAGCCAGAGCUCUGCUGGUUGUUCUGGCCAAAUCCUCCCCCACUUCCGAAU